CCCGCCCCCGCAACCCGGAAGUAGCUGAUUCUCACGGAAGCCGGCUUUGGCCCUGCGGCUGCUCCCGUCGCCGCGGAGACAUUGUUGGAGCUGGCAGCCUAGGAAUGACUCUCUUCUCGGCGUCUCAGCUCACUUGGUCAGAAUCCUUGGAUGAGCCUGUGGGACCGGUCCUCCUAGCCCUGUGGUUUGGAGCCAGCGGCUUUGGGACAGUGAGAGGAUGGACAAAGAUUCCCAGGGGCUGCUAGAUUCAUCCCUGAUGGCAUCAGGCACCGCCAGCCGUUCAGAGGAUGAAGAGUCCCUGGCGGGGCAGAAGCGAGCCUCCUCCCAGGCCCUGGGCACUAUCCCUAAACGGAGAAGCUCUUCCAGGUUCAUCAAAAGGAAAAAAUUUGAUGAUGAGCUGGUAGAGAGUAGCCUGGCCAAAUCCUCUACCCGGGUGAAGGGAGCCAGUGGAGUGGAAUCAGGCCGCUGUUCGGGGAGCGAACCCUCCUCUAGUGAGAAGAAGAAGGUGUCCAAGGCCCCCAGCACUCCUGUGACGCCCAGCCCUGCCCCAGCCCCUGGACUCGCCAAGCGUGUGAAGAAAAGCAAACAGCCGCUUCAGGUGACGAAGGACCUGGGCCGGUGGAAGCCCGCAGAUGACCUCCUACUCAUCAAUGCCGUGCUGCAGACCAAUGACCUGACGUCCGUCCACCUGGGUGUGAAGUUCAGCUGCCGCUUCACCCUCCGCGAAGUUCAAGAGCGUUGGUACGCCCUGCUCUACGACCCUGUCAUCUCCAAGCUGGCUUGCCAGGCCAUGAGGCAACUGCACCCAGAAGCCAUUGCAGCCAUUCAGAGCAAGGCCCUGUUCAGCAAGGCUGAGGAGCAGCUGCUGAGCAAAGUAG